CGUGAGCAAAUUUAGUUGUUGAGGGGCGAAGUUGCCAUUUUGGCUCAAAAUAAAGUCGGAGUGGCAGUGCUUUGCUAUUCGAUUUUCUUUUUGUUUGAAUAGUAUUUUAAAUUAUAUACUAUUAAAACAUUGGCUGCACAAAUAUACAGUUUCAUUAUAAUUUCAGUUUUGGCCAAAGUCGCAAUUACAGCUUAUUAUAAAACAAGCUUGAAGUUUUAGCUAAUGUUAGCCAGCGAGUUAGCUAGCUUCCGUCACUGAACUAGCUGCUACUUGGCUAACAAUCGAGAGCAUAGCUUGCGGGGUGGCUAGGUGGCUACCUAGCUGCUUAGCUAAAGUAUGGGAGGAUGCUCCGCUCCAAAUUGCUCAAAUUCUACAACAAUAGGAAAGCAGCUGUUUCGUUUCCCGAAAGACCCGGUGCGAAUGAGAAAAUGGGUUAUCAAUUGUCGACGUGAUUUUGUGCCAACUCCAUGUUCCAGGCUGUGUCAGGACCAUUUUGAGGAGAGCCAGUUCGAAGAGAUCGCCAGGUCCCCUGCAGGCGGAAGGAAGCUGAAACCAAAUGCGAUCCCGACUCUAUUUAAUGUGCCCGACCCCCCUUCUCCCAUCACCCCCGUUAUCGUGUUACCUCUCAAAUCUGAGCCGGUGGAGAAGGAGCAGAACUUGGGGGAUCACGGAUAUGCUCGCCGUCAGCCCAAAGGAGACUUGGAGGGGGGUGACCCUGCUGGUCUGAGGCUGGAGGAGGAGCGGCCGUGCUCUCUGUGUCAGCAGUACAAGGCCCAGCUGGAGAAACAGCAGCAGCACACAGCCAGACUGCAGAAGGAGGCAGAAGAGAUGAAGAAGAAACUGAACAAGCUGAACAAGAUCGAGAAGGGCCUGCAGAUGUUUCUGUACGAGGACCAGAUCCGGGCGCUGACCCUGGCCAAGCGUUCCCGCCGGGCCGUCUGGUCCCAGGACACGGUGGUGACGGCCCGGCGGAUUCAGUGCGCCGUGGGCGUGAAGGGCUACGAGUUCCUGCGCGAACUGGGCUACCCCCUCCCCUCUUACAGAACUUUGUCCAACCGCCUGAAACCCAAAAUCAUGGUGCCCUCCGCCAUGCAGGAGGAGCUGGCCGAACUCGGGCUGGGGGUCAUUGCCACGUACGACAGUCCCGAGGACAAUGGGGCGAGCGAAGAGGGAUUUAUUGGGGUGAUUUCGUAAAGGACAUUGUCAUUCCAUACUUUCAGCCAGCUUCAUGUCGUGUAUAAGUGUUCAGACUGACCAGCUAUUUUUUGGCUUGUGUUGACCACAUACAUGAUGUUUGGGGAUAAAAGGUCCUCUGUGCUAAAUGUACCAUGAAGAGAGUCUUGAAGCAUGUUCACCGGGUGUGAUCACAUUCAAGAAACCCACAGUGUUCAGGCUUGGCCUGACAGCAUUGUUUGGCUUGUGGUUUGCCAAUGUGUAUAAUUCCUGUUCAGGGAUUUAUGAGUGAGAUUUGUUUGGAUGACGGAAAGUAUUCUGUUGUCCUUGGUGAGUGCUAGUACUCAAAUCUUUACUUUGUUAUCCUGUUUUGUUUUAUUUAAGGAAAGUUAAAUGUUUUUGGGGAGAACAUUCACGUAUCUUGCAUCAGCCGGUCUGGAUAAAGGCUUAGUUAAGAAUCACAAGUUGGAAAAAGUUUGUUUGCUUUCUAGUUCUUCGUUGUACAUUCAUGUCCAUAGAUGAUGCAAGACUUAACUGUCAGCUGUAUAUCGGCCACAGAAUGUCAUCCUUCGCACCCCCAUAGUAUGGCCACAUGGUCUGUGGAGGGUCUCUGCUCUCAGACCUGAGACCCAUGUGGUUCAACAUUCACUUUCAAUUAGUGGAUAAGAGCAUUAAAAACCAUUUUUUCUACCAGUAGCCAAGCACCGACUUGCUUGUAUGCGGACGACCGGCUCGUAGGGUUGGCAUCAAUUGCGUUUUAUUUCAAAACAAUUAAUUGAAAUUCAAUUCAUGGAUUGAAAAAUGGCCAUAGAAUGUUAUGAGCAUUUUUCAGUGCGCUAACUGAAUUUCAAUUUUCGUCGUGAAGUGGCUGAAAUGAAAUGGAGUCGACGCCAACCCUGCCGACUAAACAAAAAUGCACUAAAGUAGUACGUCUCAUUCUCUAUGGUCGGUCAAAGGAGAAGUAAAGGGCGGGUUCUUGCACAGUGUUUUUCUUUAGAGAACUAUAGGUUAUUUUUAUAUUCAUCUGCAUUAUCGGGCUGAAAUCUUGGCACAGCAUUUGUGUGAAAUUAUUCAUUCAGUCUCAUUUGCAGCAGACUCUAGAGAAUGUAUACUUUACCAAAAGCAUGCCAUGAAAAAAGCAAAGGUUCUGUAUUUAUUAAAAAAUAAAAUUUGCGUUAGAA